GUGCUGGGACUGAUCUGAUGUCAGUUCUCAUACAUGGAACCGUCCACUUCCUCCUCGCUGUUACAAUUGGCCUGAGGAAACUCUGCCAAACACACACAUUGCAGCAUUCUUCUCUGCUUCCAGUUGUGAAGCAGGAUGAAGUAAGAGGCGGGUCUGUGUUCUGCACAAAGACACAAACUUCAGCUGGAAAAAUGAUCCUCCUCAAACUCACACAGGGAUUCUGAGCUGCAACAAAAGGACCAAAAGACGGAGAAUGUGAGCUCAGCUUCAGGCUCGUCUACAUUUUCUCAUACAACCUCUUUCAGUUCUGUGGGCACACAUGGAUCCUGGCUAAUACCAUAGCCAGGUUCUUCACAUUUGGUCAAGAUGCCUUAGCAGACACGUUCUACUCCGUCGGCUUCGUGAUGAGUCUCUGCCAGCUGCUCUCCAUCCUGGAGCUCUUCCAUAUCGCAGAUGGGAUUGAGAAAGCCAGACUCCUUCCUCGCUUCAUUCAAGUCGUGGAGAAGAACUUCCUGUUGAUCAUGGUCAUCAUGCUGGAAGAGGUCCAGAGUAAACCAGUUGUGUGUGUCCAGUUCUUCUUGUGGAACAUUUUGGACCUCUUACGGUACCCACAUGAGCUGCUGCGUGUAAUGGAUACACCCUCCAUCACCAUGCUGUGGACUCGCUACACACUCUGGAUCCCCUUAUACAUCCUGUCAGUCGCCACUGAAGGCGUCACUCUGUACCAGGCCCUGCCGUAUAUUGAGCCAGCUGCACUAAACUCAACACACAUUCACCCCCCUGUAUUCCUGAUGGUCUACCUGCCUGUUCUUGCUCUUGGAGCCUCUGUGACAAUCUGGCAGCUGCUGAAGGAGAGACAACAACACCUGGAGAAAUGGAAGAAGAAGAUGAAAAGGAAAUAAGAACUAAAUGGUUGGACCAUUUAAGUCUUUCUGUAACAUCUUCCUGGAACUUCCUG